AUGCACAUUGAGGUGCUAACAACAUAUUCAGCGAGCUCAGUGUGUCCCGUCUAUUGCCGCUUAUGCACGCGGUCGUAUUCCGUCGGCGCAAAGACAGAGACAGUGUCCAAGAAGCGGUUCCUCCCGCUGCGGAAGUACUGGGAGCCGAUGUUUGAGUACAUUGCGCAGACCCCGGCAGUGACGGACGUUGUGGUAUCCGGCGGGGAUUCAUUCUUUUUGGAGCCUGCGCAGCUGCGUGUGAUCGGACACGAACUUCUCGGGAUCGAGCAUGUGCGUCGCAUCCGGUUCGUUAGUAAAGGGCUGUCGGUGUGUCCAUCGCGGAUCUUGGAUCUCAGUGACAAAUGGACGGAGGCACUGAUCGAGAUCAGCGAGCUGGGGAGAAAACGAGGGAAGAGCGUGGCGCUGCAUACGCAUUUCAACCAUCCACAGGAGAUCUCGUGGAUCACGGAACUGGCGGCGCAGAGAUUGUUUGAGAAUGCGGUCACGGGCGAUAUGGUCCAGGGCGUCGAGGACCUGCGUACGCCACUGCGCGAUAUCCUCCAUAUUGAAUCCCAUGUUCGGGCUACGAUUGCUGGGUUCAUGACAUCCUCAUUUGUGGUAGACCUUCCAGGGGGCGGAGGGAAACGUUUGGCCGCGACAUUUGAAAGCUACGACCAAAACACCGGAGUAUCGACAUUUGUAGCGCCAGGGGUCAAGGGUAGCACAAUCCAUGAAUAUCAUGAUCCAUUAUGGUCGCUGCCAGGCUAG